AUGGGGUCUGGGAGUUCGAAGCUCACCCCAGAAGCAGAUGCAGUGCCGGCUAAAAUUCGCCCCGCUAUACACCGUUGGUUUGAGGAUGUACGGAGACGUAAAAAUGAAAACAUGUCCAAGAAAGAACUCCUUAAAGAUGCUGCGGAAGAGGAUGAAAGUUCCAGGCCUCAUUCCUUACAUGAAAUGGAGAGAAGGAGCUCAUCUUCAUCCUAUGAAAGUAUAGCAUCUUCAAUUCCAGCACCGAUCGUAGAAGAUAAGUCCAUUGUGGCAUCUGGGCCUUUGGAAUCUGAAGAAACAAAAUUGCCCGAGGAGCAUAAAAAUGAAGGGUUAUCCGGAAAACAGGAUGAUAAAGAAGAUAGUAAAGAAGAAGAAGAAGAUGAAGAAAAGAAACAGAGUACGGUGGUUGUAGAGAAAGUGGUUGCAGUUGUGGAGGAUCACGAAACAAUGGAAGAGGAAGAAGAUGAAGAAGAAGAAGAUGAAGAUGAAGAAAAGGGUGACUAUGUUUGCCUUGGAUCGCCAAGUUUCAGGGUAUAUUGCGUCCAGGCAGCAGAAGAUAACGAGGAAGAGAGUGAGUAUAUAUAG